ACUCAUAACCUACUGGAAUUGGUAAAAGCUACAGCAAUGAAGUCUGUAACAGCAUCUGCAUCUGGGAUAAUUGUCUUCCUGUUUGCUUUGGUGCAGAGAAGCACUGAACAAUGUAAAGAAGCAGCUAUAAAAUCAGAGAUGAAUAUGAGUGCCAAGUAUCAUCUCCCUAAUUUCAUUGCAGAAACGCCAAUCCAGAAUAUAAUUUUAUAUGACCAUCACAUCUAUAUUGGAGCAGUCAACAAGAUUUAUGUCUUAAAUGAAACCCUUCAUAACAUUUCUGUGUACAAGACUGGGCCUGUAUUGGAAAACCCUGAUUGUGCACCUUGUGAAGACUGCAAAGAUAAAGCCAAUUUAUCCAGUAGCAUUUGGAAAGAUAAUGUCAACAUGGCUUUGCUCCUAGAAACAUACUAUGAUGAUCAGCUCAUCAGCUGUGGUAGUGUAAGUAGGGGUAUAUGUCACCGUCACAUCAUUCACCCUGACAACCCUGCGGACAUACAAAGUGAAGUGCAUUGCAUGUAUUCAAAGCAGAUGGAUGGAGAGUCAUAUAACUGCCCUGACUGUGUUGUAAGCACUUUGGGAACCAAAGUUUUAGUGACAGAAAAGGACAGGUUUGUAAACUUCUUUGUUGGGAAUACCAUGAAGUCUUCAUUUCAGCCACAGCAUACACUACAUUCAGUAUCAGUUAGAAGGUUAAAAGAAACCCAGGAUGGUUUUGAGUUUCUUACAGAUCAAUCUUAUAUAGAUGUUCUCCCACAGUACAGGGAUUCUUAUCCCAUCAAGUAUGUCCAUGCCUUUGAAAAUGACCACUUUGUCUACUUUCUGACAGUCCAGCGAGAAUCUCUUGACUCCCAAGCUUUUCACACAAGAAUCAUCCGGUUCUGCUCCUUGGAUUCUGAGUUGCGUUCUUACAUGGAAAUGCCCCUUGAGUGCAUUUUCACUGAAAAACGGAGAAAGAGGUCAAUUCGAAGGGAGAUAUUCAAUAUUUUGCAGGCUGCAUAUGUAAGCAAGCCAGGUGCAGCUCUGGCCCAUGAAAUGGGUCUUGGAGUGAAUGAUGACAUUCUGUAUGGCGUCUUUGCACAAAGUAAACCAGACUCUUCAGAACCGACAAACAGAUCAGCUGUCUGCGCAGUAUCUGUAAAAACAAUAAACGAAUUCUUCAACAAAAUUGUAGAUAAGCAAAACAUGAAAUGUCUUCAGCAUUUUUAUGGGAAAGAUAGCAAGUACUGCUUGAACAGGAUAUUUUCAAGAAAUGCCUCAUACUGCAGAACACGAGAUGAUGAAUACCGGGUAGAGGUUACGACUCCUUUGCAACGGGUCGACUUGUUCAUGGGGCAGUUCAACAGUAUCCUGUUAACUUCAAUAUCUGUCUUCACCAAAGGGAAUCUUACCAUUGCCAAUCUGGGAACAUCUGAGGGUCGCUUUAUGCAGAUAGUGAUUUCCCGUUCAGAACCUACAGCACCAUAUGUGAGUUUUCGCCUAGACUCCCACCCAGUCUCUCCACAAGUUAUUAUUGAACAUUCAUUAGUAGCAGAUGGUUCUACCCUGGUAGUAACUGGAAGGAAGAUAACCAAGAUUCCACUCAAUGGACCAGGCUGUGAUCACUUUAAAUCCUGCAGCCAGUGUCUCUCUGCACCUACUUUCAUGCAAUGUGGAUGGUGCAGUGAUCAGUGUGUGAGGCCCCAGGAGUGUGUGAAAGGGGUGUGGACCCAGGAGACAUGUUUGCCUAGAGUUUAUGAGAUAUUUCCAAGCAGUGCUCCAUUAGAAGGUGGGACAAAGCUAACAUUAUGUGGAUGGGACUUUGGAUUCAGCAGAAAUAAUAGACUUAACUUAAAACAUACAGAAAUUCUUAUUGGAGGGAAGCUUUGUCCUUUGGAAGAAAAAGCUAGCAACAAAAACAAGCUGGAGUGCAGUGUUGCUGCUGCAAAUAGCACAAGUUUGAAUAUAUCCAGCAGUGUUUCAAGUGGACAUGGCACAUCCCUAUUCAAUACAUUUUCCUAUGUGAAUCCGGUCAUAACACAUAUCUCUCCUACCUAUGGUCCCAAGUCUGGUGGAACAUUAUUAACUGUAGCUGGGAAAUACCUAAACACUGGAAAAAACAGGAGGAUUCUUAUUGGUGGGAAACAAUGCACCUUAAAAAGGGUAUCUGAUAGCGUUGUAGAAUGUUAUACUCCUGCACAAAAAAUUCCAUCAGAAUAUCCUGUUAAAAUGGAAAUUGACUUAGCUAUUCGAAAAACUAAAGAUCAUUUUACAUACAGAGAAGACCCCAUUGUUUUAAAAAUCCAUCCAACCAAAUCUUUUCUUAGCGGUGGAAGUACAAUCACAGCUCAUGGAAUCAACCUGAAUUCCGUGUGCUUUCCUCAGAUGGUAAUCACUGUACCUAAGCUAGGGAAGAACUUCACUGUGGCAUGUAACCAUCGCUCUAACUCAGAGAUAAUCUGCUGCACAACUCCUUCACUUAAAUCCUUCAAUCUGCAACUACCUUUUGUAACAAAAGUGUUUUUUAUUUUUGAUGGAGUCACCCCUUUAUACUUUGAUUUUGAUUAUGUGAAUAACCCUGUAUUUAAACACUUUGAAAAGCCAGUGGUUAUCUCAAGAGGCAGCCAAAAUGUAAUAGAAAUUAAGGGAAGUUAUAUCGACUCAGAAGCUGUGAACGGCGAGGUGCUAAAAGUUGGCAAUAAGAGUUGUGAAAAUAUCUUCUCACAGUCAGAAUCAGUUUUCUGUACAGUUCCCAGUGAGCUGCUGAAAACCAACAGUGAACUAAAUAUAGAGUGGAAGCAAGACGUUUUGUCAACUGUUAUUGGGAAAGUAUUGGUUCAGCAAGAUCCAAAUUACACAGGAUUGACUGUGGGAGUUGUUUCAAUAUCCAUUGUACUUUUGUUAUUUGUGGGUCUUUUCUUGUGGAUGAAGAAGAAGAAACAGAUUAAAGGUACAGAUUUGGGAGGUGAUCUAGUUCGCUAUGAUGGUAGAGUGCACACUCCUCAUUUGGACAGGCUGGUGAGUGCAAGGAGUGUAAGUCCAACUACAGAAAUGGUUUCUAGUGAAUCUGUAGACUACAGAUCAACUUUUCUAGAAGAUCAGUUUCCAAGUUUGUCUCAGAAUGGAUCAUGCAGACCAAUACAAUAUCCUCAUACAGACCUGUCCCCCAUUCUGUCCAGUGGGGACUCGGAUUUAGCCAGUCCACUACUGCAAACAAAUGUCCACAUUGAUAUCAGUGCCUUAAAUCCAGACCUGGUCAAAGAAGUUGAGCAUGUGGUUAUUGGUGCAGAUAGCCUGAUUGUGCAUUUUAACGAAGUAAUUGGAAGAGGACAUUUUGGGUGUGUGUACCAUGGGACCUUGCUGGAUAAUGAUAGCAGGAAAAUUCAUUGUGCUGUGAAGUCCUUGAAUAGAAUUACAGAUCUAGAAGAAGUAGCUCAGUUUCUUAAGGAAGGAAUAAUCAUGAAGGAUUUCAGUCAUCCCAAUGUUCUUUCAUUACUUGGCAUUUGCUUGCCCAAUGAAGGGUCUCCUUUAGUGGUACUCCCAUACAUGAAACAUGGAGAUCUUCGAAACUUCAUUAGAAAUGAGACUCAUAACCCAACAGUAAAAGAUUUAAUUGGAUUUGGCCUUCAAGUAGCAAAAGGUAUGAAAUACCUUGCAAGCAAAAAGUUUGUGCAUAGAGAUUUAGCUGCAAGAAACUGCAUGCUGGAUGAAAAAUUCACUGUCAAGGUUGCUGAUUUUGGUCUAGCUAGAGAUGUGUAUGAUAAAGAAUACUACAGUGUGCACAAUAAAACGGGAGCCAAGCUGCCAGUGAAAUGGAUGGCUUUAGAAAGUUUGCAAACUCAGAAGUUCACAACAAAGUCAGAUGUGUGGUCUUUUGGUGUGCUGUUAUGGGAACUUAUGACAAGAGGGGCACCGCCUUACCCUGAUGUAAAUUCUUUUGAUAUAACCGUCUAUUUAUUACAAGGAAGGAGACUAUUGCAGCCUGAAUACUGCCCUGAUCCACUGUAUGAAGUCAUGCUAAAGUGCUGGCAUCCGAAACCUGAACUGCGCCCAGCAUUUUCUGAACUAGUUUCAAAAAUAUCAACAAUCUUCUCCACUUUUAUUGGGGAGCAUUAUGUUCAUGUCAACGCUACCUAUGUUAAUGUGAAAUGCAUUGCUCCUUAUCCUUCCCUUUUGUCAUCACAAGACAACAUAGACAGGGAUGUGGAUACAUGACUGGGUGUCUACAGAACAUCAAAGAGACAUCCAUUACUAGUAGUAUGAACAAAAGUAAAUGUUUUGUCCGCUACUUUUUCACUGCCCAGUCUUUGUGAAAACACUGUCACACGUGUUUGUUGUCCAUAUUGCACUAUUAUGAGGAGGUGAUGUCAUGCUGUUUAAAGUUAUGGGAUUCUUAUACCCUACGGUGGUAAUUUCCAAACAUUCUGAGCAACCGCAUCCAUAAUCCGACUAAAGAACUCAGCUGCUACUGCUUAAAGCUAGGACUCACCAACUCUCAUUCAUUUGUACAAGCUUUGCAAGCUACCAUUUGUUGUGCCUCAAGGCUUGUACAAUUGAAUGAGGUAAGUAGCAGUGAUGCACAAGAUCCCAAUACAGGGUCAUAUCAUUAAUGAGGUAAAAGAGCACCUAGACCACUGGUCACUGAAGCUGGAAGUACCAUUAAUGGUGCACAUACUAUUGGUCAUCAGGCACUGCAGGAAUAGUUUUAUAAAAAGACCAUGUUAAAUACUCAAAAUUGUAAGGCUGCAAAAUUAGUUCCUCCUGUUGGAUCUUGUAGGCUCUACCUUUUCUCAUCUUUUCUUGUUAGGCUUAUGAAAGGGCAACGUAGCCUAGAGACAGCCAUUCUCAUGGCAAUUUGCUAAACUGGCACAUGUCAACAUUCCAAAGCAGAAUGAAAUUAAACAAGUACAUCAGCUCUGAGGUAGCAGUGUAUUUAUGCUGUUCAUAAAAUCGAAAGGAGCAAGCUGGAAGUAUGCAUUCCCAUUGCUGCCAGGGUCAUUCCAGCAUUCUACCACUUCUUUGUGAAAUCACUGUACUGAUAGAUUUCCUACUGAAAAAUAUAAGGCUUCACUUCUUUCAAUAAUGAAUGAGCUGUUUGGGGAGGCUAAAAACUCUACGGAGUCUAAAUUAACCAGUAUGCUAAAAUCUGGGAUGCAGCAGUUUGGGGAACACCACUUUGGAGAGGUACUCAGUUAGAUCUGGAAGUAGUAAACAUGAGAGGAACCAGGCAAGCAGAGGCUCCAUGCAACUGGCUAUUGACCCAGGUUAUGAAUACCUGUGCCCGCCAGCCCAGGGGUGGAGCUGCAGCCUGGAAGGAGCAAAUGGGUCAGUUGAGGAGCUGCCAAGUCAGCCGAAGAGAGCCAACUGAACCAGAAAGGCUGCUAACUUCUGCAAAGCAGUGCUAAAGGGUUAAGAAAGCUGAAUGGAAGAGGAAAAAUGGUUACGCCUUACAGCUGCUCCUUGAGUUAAUCUAGCCUAGUGAGUUAUUAUAUACAGCAUAUUUCUAAAUUAUGACCAGAAAAGUGAUUUUGAAAAGAUAUAGUCAUUUAGGCUUUUGAAGAUUUAGGGAAGAUUACUAUAGCUUUCAUGCAAGCAUGGUGUGUCAUUUCUGUUCCUGUGGAAUUCUGUGCAUACUACUGUAUAGCUUGUUUGGUGUAGAAUAUAGCUGGUUUCAUUGGUGUAAACACUUAAAAUAUUCUAUUUUUAUAAAAAAAAGUUUAUUUUUAAUGACAUAGACAAAGUUUGGUUAGGCCACAAGAUACUGCACUGUGAACAUUUCAGAACUUUCCACUUUUGAUUCAUAAAUUGUAACAAGAUCAAAAUUACUGUGUACUGUGUAAAUAUCAAGAAGGACAAGAAGUGAUUGCAAACACACUCCACCCUAAGUAAAAUAUCACCAUUGCUGGAAGCCAAACAUUUUAAUGUCUUCAAAGGAAGCUAAUCCUUAUAAAGGACUUGAUUAUAAGGAAGAUUUAUUGUUUUACGUGAAAGAUUUAUCAUGAGGGUGGAUUGUGUAAGCAAAGUAUGAGCUGAUAGUACCGUAUUGUAUUAUACCACCACUUUCUAUUCAGAUGCAAACAUUUCAUGCAUGCUGAGAGCAAUACUCAUUGUAAAUUGCUAAAGGACAAAAGGUUCUGCUCUAGGCAAAAAGCAGAAACAUUCAUCUCCACGGUUGUUAAAAUGGCUAAGGAAGUUUAUGACACAGAUGUGGAGGAGAUCCUCCAAACUUGUAUAUACAUGCUCAAGGAAGGCUGCAAUGUGAAAACAGAGAACAUUUUUACUAUUUAUGAACUUUUGGUUAAUAAAGUUAAUGUUGUGUCUGGGACACCUGUAAGAGUAUGUGAUUCUGGUAAGGAUUUCUUGUUUGUAAAUUCAUCUAUCUGAAAAUGAGCUGAAUGGUACUUAUGUUUCUAAUUGGUGGUAUGACCUAAUAAACAUGUUAUUCAACUGAA